UCCAGACUCCCUAAAUCCAGCACCAUCCGUACUCCUUCAACCUGAAUGCCGACUCUUCCAGACAGAUAGCCUUCCUGCUCUGGUUCCGCGCAGUGGUGCUGAGGAAAUAGUGGAAGAGAGCGGCCUCACGUGGUGCUCCGUUCACCCCACAGAUUCUGAACGACAGACUUGCAGCUUUGGUGAUUUCACGGGGCAGAGCCGAGGAGCUCAUGAAUCGGAGGGUCCCACCCUGCAUCUGCCCAGUCCGGCCAAGAACCUGACCUCAUGCUGGAGCAGCAACACGCCCAAGUUCAGACAUCCCAGUGAUGCACCAUGCCAAUAGUCGAUAAAUUGAAGGAAGCCCUGAAACCUGGCCGCAAGGACUCGGCUGACGAUGGAGAGCUGGGAAAGCUUCUUGCUGCCUCUGCCAAGAAGGUCCUUUUACAGAAGAUCGAGUUUGAACCAGCCAGCAAGAGUUUCUCCUAUCAGCUGGAGUCAUUAAAGAGCAAAUAUGUCUUGCUGAACCCGAAAACGGAGGGAGCCAGUCGCCACAGGAGUGGAGACGAGCCACAGGCCAGGAGACAGGGCAGUGAGCAUGCCCACGAGAGCGGCGGUGAUGGGGUCCCUGCCCCACAGAAAGUGCUCUUCCCCACGGAGCGGCUGUCUCUGAAGUGGGAGCGGGUUUACCGCGUGGGAGCAGGGCUCCACAACCUGGGCAACACCUGCUUCCUGAACUCGACCAUACAGUGCUUGACCUACACCCCGCCUCUGGCCAACUACCUGCUCUCCAAGGAGCAUACUCGCAACUGUCACCAGGGCAGCUUCUGCAUGCUGUGCGUCAUGCAGAACCACAUGGUCCAGGCCUUCGCCAACAGCGGCAACGCCAUCAAGCCCGUCUCCUUCAUCCGAGAUCUGAAAAAGAUUGCUCGGCAUUUCCGCUUUGGAAACCAGGAGGACGCACACGAGUUUCUCCGGUACACAAUUGACGCCAUGCAGAAGGCCUGUUUGAACGGCUGUGCCAAGUUGGAUCGUCAAACGCAGGCUACUACUUUGGUCCAUCAGAUUUUUGGAGGCUAUCUCAGAUCGCGUGUGAAGUGCUCGGUGUGCAAGAGCGUCUCGGACACAUAUGACCCCUACCUGGACAUAGCGCUGGAGAUCCGGCAAGCUGCUAAUAUUGUGCGUGCUCUGGAACUUUUUGUGAAACCAGAUGUCCUGAGCGGAGAGAACGCCUAUAUGUGUGCAAAAUGCAAGAAGAAGGUCCCAGCCAGCAAGCGCUUCACCAUCCACAGAACAUCCAACGUCUUAACCCUUUCCCUCAAGCGCUUUGCCAACUUCAGUGGGGGGAAGAUCACGAAGGAUGUGGGCUAUCCGGAAUUCCUGAACAUCCGUCCGUAUAUGUCCCAGAGCAGCGGGGAGCCUGUCAUGUACGGGCUGUACGCGGUCCUGGUCCACUCGGGCCAUGGCUGCCACGCGGGCCACUAUUACUGCUAUGUGAAGGCAAGCAACGGACAGUGGUACCAAAUGAAUGAUUCCUUGGUCCAGUCCAGCAACAUCAAGGUGGUUCUGAACCAGCAGGCCUACGUGCUCUUCUAUCUGCGAAUUCCAGGCUCGAAGAAGAGUCCUGACGGCUCCCUCUCCAGGACUGUCUCCUCCGUUCCCGGCCAUCCAGGCGUGGUUCCAGACCACUUGAAGAAGAACAUUGGCAACGGGGCCGUUGGCUCCCCGCUGACUGGGAAGCGACUGGACUCUGUGCCAAUGAAGAAGCUGCCGGCCACUGAGGAGCUUGGCGUGCCCAUUUCCAGGAACGGCUCCGUGUCGGGUCUGAAGUCUCAGAAUGGAUACGUUCCUCCAAAGCCACCCGUGGGGGCCCCUUCCCCCCGACUCUCCAAACCCCCCCCCCACGCACCAACCGUUCUGGAUGAGCCUGGAAAGAAAGUUAAGAAGUCGACGCCCCUGCAGCACCUCUCCCCGUCACGCAAAGCUUCUCAGGGGUUCCAUGGGACCAGCAACGGGAGCGGCAGCAGGAGUGAGAGCCUCAGGCAGGGCUCCUGGGACGGCAGGGGUGCUGCCCUCUCUACCUCACCCAGGCUCCCGGCCAGAGUGACUGCCAACGGGCGUGGGCCCAAGGCAGGUGGCGAGAGCCCCGAGCUCGAUGGGAGGGAUUCCAGCAGCUCCAGCCCAGAGCACUCCUCCAGCAGUGACCCCACCAAGGCCCCCCAGACACCCAGGAGCAGAGCAGCCCACUUGGGGGAUUCUCAGGGAACACACUCCAGAGCGCUGCCGGAUGGAGACGACCCCAAGGUGGUGAAGCCCAAGUCCCCUGUCCUGAGCAGCACCACCACCGAGCCCGCAAACAUCAUGUCUCCUCCACCAGCCAAAAAACUGGCCCUUUCUGCCAAGAAGGCCAGCACCCUGCGGAGGGCAGCCGACAAUGACCUCCGUCCACCCCUCUCACCACUGUCCGACCUCACCUACCCCAGGAAAACCACUCACCCUGUCGCCGCCUCCUCCUGGCCUGUCUGUGCAAUCAGGGCGCUUUCACCUGCUCCCCCACCAUCCAGCCACCUGAAGCUCCCCGUCGGUGCCCGCUCCGCGUCACUGUCCAGUAGCCCCCGACCUCCCGGGACGUCAGACCCACAGAGCUGCUCCCCCGCCUCUGCUCUCCUGCCUCAGGUCAAUGGGGGCUCCCAGGCCCCUUCACACCAGCUGCCAGAGGCCGGCAGGUCCCCCCAGAGCCUCGGUAAGAAGAGGAAAAGGAACCGCAGGGGAGAGAGCCAGGGGCAGGGCUCAGAGACGAGCGCAGCAGCGGCAGCCUCUCCGGGGAAGAGGAGAAGGAAGAAGAGGAAGCGCGCGGGGACCGUGGACGCCUCCCCCCCGCAGGAGGGGCAGAUGCAGAGGCAGCACUGGCGCCUCGAGCGCAGGACGGAGCCCCGGGCAGAGGUGCCCGCCGACAGACUGGAGGACCAGGGCGGACGGCAGCAAGAGAACGGCCGGCAGGGGGGGAGCGGGACCAACGGCCGCCCUGGGAGCAACAGGAAGAGGAGACGGAAGGGAGCGGAGGGCCUCAGUGCGGAAGACUGCCUCCCGCGGGACCCACCGUGGCACAGGAGCUGCUCUCCCUUGGACGUCGUCGAGCUAGAGGCCACUGUGGCAUCUCCGAGGAAAAAGAAAAGGAAAAAAAGACAGCAGGAGUCAUGGCAGGAAGUAGAAGAGAACGAGCACCCUGAAGCCUGCAGGGGCGAGAGGCAGAGGGGCUCUGCUCUCCCUGGGAGCCCGCCCUCCCUGCCUGUGAACGGCAGGCGUCCCGGGGACGGAGCAGGGCAGGCCCCGGCUCCUCUUGUGUCCUGGAGCAGAGAGAGGGAGUCCGACGUGCUCCAGGAACUGCUCAAGUAUUCGUCAGAUAAAGCUUACGGGAGGAAAGUGUUGACAUGGGGCGGCGAGGUGUCGGCUGUCAGUCAGGAUGCCAUUCGGGACAGCAGAUGGGCCCGCGCCGCCACGGUGAUCGACGACUGGGAUGAAGAGUUCGAUCGAGGGAAGGAAAAGAAAGUGAAAAAGUUCAAAAGAGAGAAGAAAAGAACAUACAACGCCUUCCAGAAACUUCAGAGUAGACGGAACUUUUGGUCUGUGACUCAUCCAGCUAAGGCUACCAGCCUCAGCUACCGCCGCUGACCCUGCUGCUGUCAGAUGGCCUCGGGAGACGAGGUGUCCCUUCCUGGGCCCUGUCCGUCUGAACUGAAGAGCGGCCUUGCUGAGGACCCCGUUGCCCCGUCGCUGCCAGGCCCACGCUGUGAGCCAGCUGCAGGAGGACGGGACCUCGGGCGUCACCGCACGCACCGUGACAAGCCCCACGGUGACGCGGAGAGCAGGUGGCAGCACGCUGGCCGGGACCCUGGACAGCGGUGCGUGUGGUCUGUGGCUGAGAGCAGGGGAAACGGCGGCCGCAGCCCUCCCGGCACAUCCUCGAGUGAGCGAGCGCCCCCAGGGUGACCGAGCGCGCUGGGCUUGUCUCGGGGGCCGUCUGUCUCCUGCUGCUGGUGGCCGGCACCGCCGUCCGGUCCUGCCGUCCCCAUUUCCGCGGGGCAGGGACUCUGUAUGCCUUACGUGUCCCCCUCAGAAAGGAAGCCGAGGCCGCCCCGCACCGCACCUCUCCCUUUUCUGGAAUUGGGGGGCGGCCCUGCCUGUGCAUCCCUCCCUUGCAAGAGGCCCUAGCCCAUCUCUGGAGAGAGACGGCUCUUGGGGUGGGGCCGUGAGACGGCGUGCUGACUCCCCUGCCUUUCCAGCAGCUGUCGGUCCCCAGGUGGCCUUGCCAUUCCUUCCCUGCAGCUACAGCGGCCCGCGGGUCUGUAUCGAGGUGGUGGUCUUGGGGUAGAAUCCUUUUAUUUUACUACUUAUUAGAGACACGCAUUUUGACCAGGUCUGUGGCUUCUGUUAGCAAUACAUUUCCUUUCCCUGAUACCCAAUACUGGCUUUAUUUGCUCCAUUUUGUGAGUGCUUUUGAAUUUAGAUGAUUGUAUGACUCAAGAAGAUCACUUUUUUAUCUUGCUCAAGCUGUGCCUGCGAACUUGUAAUUUAAUAAAUACGGAAACCCUCAGUUAAGGUGACAUUUUCCGGAGAACAGACACACGACCCAGUAGCAGAAGGUACAGAGGUCAAUCCGAAAGUGACUCCGUGGAUGUACGUCUCCACUUCCUCUUCUCCAGAACGCCACACGCAGAGAGGGACUGACGUCUGAUGUGGACGUCCGUCCUCCACGGUGGCUCUUCGUGGCCUGAGGCCCACCGAUGGCCCCGUCUGGCACCCCUUGCCACCCGAGCCUUGCCGCUUGCUCUGGGGCCUGGGGGGGGGAUCAGAAAAAAGUGUUCCAUUUUCAGGGUGGGGGUGGGGAGAUAUGUUAAUUUUUUCACGUAGGUAGUUCUUUUUGAUUUUUCUUCCUGUUCUUAACAUUUCUCUUUGAAAAAGGUGGGGAGAAUAAUGAUGCCCAUGGCCCAAACUGGGGCUGCCUCUGGUCCCAGCAGGAGGUGAGCAGGGCACUGGCUGCAUCCGCCGGUCUGGGAGCCUUUUGCUCUUUUCUCAGAGGACAGAUUUCUCUGUUAACCACACCUUGUUCAAAGAUGAGGGUCGUGUCCCCCCUCUCCCACCCCCCCCCAGCAACCCCUA